ACAAACGCACCUCGACUCGACCCUCCACUCGAAAUGCUCCUUGAGGGCGGCUUUUCAUUUCACAAAUCGCCCUCCACUCGAAACGCGCCUUGAGUGAAGGAAAGCUCGAGCGUUUUACUCGAGAAUCUCAAGGUAGCCCCGCAGCUACCUUGAAUCGCUCCUUCACUCGAGUGUUAUGGCGGACCACGCUUCGUUUGUGGAAUACAUUCUCCGCGUCGACGAGCUAUUUGGUGGCGUCAUGGACGACAAUGACAUUGCAGACGUACCGCGACAGCGGCUGAGGGACCGUCUGAAUCCCAUGGAACACUUUAACAACAGCGAAUUUCUCGCACGCUAUCGGUUCACGAAGUGUACUGUGAAGAAGCUGCUGGACUACCUUCCACUUGAAGAGAACGCCAGCAACCGUGGUCACCCUCUUCCACCAAUGCUCCAACUUCUUAUCGCUCUACGAUUUUAUGGAGCCGGCACAUUCCAAGUUGUGACGGGUGAUCUAGUGAACGUGUCGCAACCGACGGUGAGCCGCGUCAUCGAACGUGUGUCACGGCUAAUUGCUACGCACGUGUUCCCGAUCGUCGUGAAGUUUCCGAGCACCGAUAACGAGUUCCGUGCGACGAUGGUGGAAUUCUACCGUAUUGCCAAGUUUCCCGAGUUGACCGGGUGCAUAGACUGCACCCACAUCCGCAUCAAGUCGCCGGGUGGGCCGAAUGGUGAAGUUUACCGCAAUCGGAAGGGUUACUUCUCCAUUAAUGUACAGGUCAUUGCAGGGCCGAAGCUGCAAUUUUUCGACGUUGUCUCUAGCUGGCCAGGAUCCGUGCACGACAGUCGAAUCUUCGACAACAGUCGUGCACGCGUUCUUUACGAGACCAAACGAGUGCCUGGGCUCCUACUUGGCGAUGCUGGCUACGCAUGCAUGCCUUUCCUCAUGACCCCAAUGGCUGACUCCGGACGACCGAAUAGCCCCGAGAGCCGGUAUCAAGCAGCUCAGAUCCGCACCCGGAAUACUGUGGAGAGGGCUUUCGGUGUGUGGAAGCGUCGCUUCCCAUGUUUAGACAUGGGGCUUCAACACUUGGCGGAGCGUUCUGCAGUCGUUACGACAGCCUGUGCUGCCCUGCAUAACCUGGCAGUCCUGAGGCAGGACCCAGAACCUCCAGCUGUGGUGAUCCCACAACACUUGAGGCGGCAGCAGCCUGAUGUGGCGAGUCAAACAGACACACUACAUGGAUCGCAAUGCCGAAUGCGGCUUAUCGCUCGAGCAUUUCACUAAGGCAUCAUAAAAGCAAAUGUCCAUCUUGUUCCACCUGGAUCGCAAAUAAAUUAGUACAGCUUGCAAACUCCGAUUAUGUGCAAGUAAGAGAAGCAGGAACGCCAUCAAAGUUCGAGCACAAUAACUGCUCUAGAUGCUCCUUUAGUAUUUCCGUGAUAUGUAUAUUUUUGUGCUAGUUCAUGUUUUGUGUAUAUCAUUGCUUAUCUGCACCAGUAGCUGCGACCAUUUACCGCAGCUGUAGCUGGGUCAUACUUCUUGCACAUUAGAGCAUAGACGUGUGUGAAAAAUACAAUAAAAUAU